AUGCAACAACAAACUUACAACGAAUUGCCACCAGCCUAUACUGAGAGUUGCAAAACCUCUGAUGGUUCUGAAUCCUGUGGUAGGGAAUAUAAUAAUCAUAUAUAUAAUGGAUAUACUGGAUAUAGUGCCAAGGUUAGCGAAUGCAAUCUCAAGGUUCGAAUGGCAUUCGUGCGCAAAGUUUAUACAAUUUUGUUUGCACAAAUCUCCCUAUCAACCUCUGUUGCCGCAUUGAUGAUGUAUAAUAGUAGUGUCAAAUAUUGGGUUCAAUCACA